CAGAGAUGAAACACUGAGUUACUUGACCACAUUUGAAAAAACAAAACCGGACCGAGACCACCACCUGGAAAGACAAGCAGAAUGUCUGAGGAACUCUUGGCAGAAAUAUAAGGCGUGCUAGAUAAAACUGGGGACAUCACCCAUCUGCUCCAAAAGCAGAAAACUAAUCCUGUAAAAGUGAUGAUAUGAAGAUAGAAAAUUGUGGGAAUGAGAUUGAGUUGAGGAGAGAUUAUUAAGAUCAGUUUAAUGUUGCUGCCAUGUGGCAGUUGGUUGGCACUCCUCUGGCAAGUUUAGGGCUGUUUGCUUCCAUAGUCACAUUGUGUGAAAGAGAAGAAAAAUGCGAUUUGUAAGUUGAAUGGUACCUUGAAUGUCUGAAAGAUCUGGAACAUUUUCAACAACAAGUGUUGAAUGGACUUUGUAGCUGAAAGUAUGAAUGAGUAGAUAAGAAUUGAAAAAGCACAAAAAGUGUGAAAAUGUUUACAUUCUGAACAUUUCCCUCCUUUCAUUUCAAUGGAGCAAAAAAAACGAGGGGUAAACGUUGAAUAUUUCGAAAAGUACGACAGUUAUGAAAAAGUUGAAUACAAGCCGGAAUGUUCUAUAUUGAGCUGAACAUUUUGAUGUUUGAAUGAAGUUUCUACUGUAGGUUGAAAAAUGUGGAAAGGAGAAAAUGGGCCAAAACCUAUUUUUUUGUAGAAAUUCAUGUGUUGGGGUUAGUGAGCAUGUGAGCAUUCACACCAAUAAUUCAGUGAAAAAGAAGUGAGGAAUUGAAUUAGUCUCAAGUGAAAUAUUGCGCAUAGAAGUUAAACUCAAAAUGGGGCGUAACAGUCGCAAAAGUUUUUCUUUUCUUAAAAAGUGAUGACCACUGUCUGUCUGAUGAGCAUCAAGUCUAACUUACCUUUAAGUUAGACUUGAUUUAAGGCUGAUCCUCUUCCUGGAACAAGUUAUUAGAUUAUAGAAACUGGGGAAGCAUCUCUAAACCCGCAGAUCCCACACACAUUGCAUCACCGUCAGGCUGAGGUUUGUGUUUUUGUGUUUGAAAAGAAAACAAAGAAAGAUUUUUUUUUAAAACUGCACAGUAACACAGGGCUCCUCUUGCUGGAACAAGUCAUCAUCUCUGCAGUUUGAAGAUGGGUGGGAGCAACAUGUAGUGAAGUUUGAGAGCUGUUGUUGAGAUCAGAGCUCAGACUACAGUUCCACUUCUAGGACACUGAAACUCAUACGGUCGUUCGUCGCUGAUAGGGUAAAUGGCGCAGGGGGGACUUCAGCUGCAGGAGGAAACCUUCGCUUGUUCCAUCUGUCUGGACCUACUGGUGUAUCCAGUGACUAUUCCCUGUGGACACAGCAACUGUAUGAGCUGUAUUAAAGUCCUCUGGGACAUAGAGGGUGAGGAGAUAAUCCACAGCUGCCCUCAGUGUAGGGACACCUUCACACCGAGGCCUGUCCUGGGGAAAAACACCAUGUUAGCUGAUUUAAUGGAGGAGCUGAAGAAGACUAGACUCCAAGAUGCUUCUGCUGAUCACUGCCCUGCUGGAGCUGAAGAUGUGGCCUGUGAUGUUUGCACUGGGACAAAACGGAAAGCUGUCAGCUCCUGUUUGGUUUGUUCGGCCUCUUAUUGCGAGAAACACCUUCAGCCCCAUUAUGAUGUACCUGGCUUAAGGAAGCACAAGCUGUUGAAGGAUGAGCUCUUCACUGAACGGACCCAUCUGGCGGAGAAAAGAAGCUCCGACGGGAAGCAGGAGAUCAGAUCCCAGCAGAAAGCUGAGGCGAGUCGAGUCAAAGAGGCGAAGCCGAGGCUGAAGAGGAGAGACGCUGAACCGAGGCAGCUCUCGCACACAGAGGACCGCAACUGGUUUCUGCACAGCAACCCCUCGCCGUCACAACCAGAGCCCGCGACCAGAGCUGAAUUCUUACAAUAUUCACAGAAAAUCACACUGGAUCCAAACACGGCAAACACACGACUGUCAUUAUCUGCAAGAAACAGAAAAGUGACAGCACUGAGAGAAGAACGGCUUUACGCCCCCAACGGAGACAGAUUCACUUCAUCCGACACCAUGACCCUCCUCCACAGAGUCCAGACCACAUUCACUCAGCCUCUCUGCGCUGGAGUUUGUCUUCACGAUGUAGGAUUCACAGCCGAGUUCUGCAAACUCAAGUAGACUUGAGUCAUUUAAAGAGCAGUGAGUUUAAACCCCGUGAUCAAACCAUUAACUCCCUCUAUCUCCAUGUUUGUUGCUCAAAGCUCUCUGCUGUCGUGACAUUGUCGAGAUCAGCCGCCAAUCAAACACUGUGGGCGGUACUCCGACGUCUCCUCGUUCAUUGUUCUGUUGCUGUUUGUAGUUUUUCGAGGCCGAGCUGGAUCUCACUGCUCGUGACGAUGUUCGUUCACCUCCACUGACUUUUUCUCCACAUGAGAGUUUUUAUACAAAUGGUAAUGUGACUCAAGGUUCACAAGGUUUAUCUCUUGUUGAUGCUUUUAUGUGUAAAAUUGUUUGGACACUGAAUAACAGAACUAAAACCGUUGAUGUGAUGAGAGCUGACCACUGAAGUGUGGUUCCAGUAGUUGUUAUAGCUUAAAUUGUUUUAAUUUUGCUCAACUGCUGUUUUUGCUUUGUAAUGCUCUAAAUAACGUUGGGUCAAAAUAUCUUUCUUUUCUGCAGCUACAUUUUAAAUCUCCCAGAAGUGUCAGGUGUUGGACAGUUUUCUCCAAGGUUAAAAAAAAAUGCAAGAUGCAGUGCCCAGUUUUUGUGCACCACACAUUACUUUAUAGUUCUGCCUUUUCUUUAAUUAAAUCUGUGGCUGUUUUACAUAUAUAUAUAUUAUAUAUAUUACAUUAUAAAUCUCACUGCAUUUAUUCUUUUAUUUUUUUCUAUUCUGUUUUGUUC